AUGGGCGCCGCGGCCGCCCUGGCGCCGCUCCGGCUGCCUGCUGCGCCCCCGCUCGCUUUCUGCUGCUACACGUCGGUGCUUCUGCUCUUCGCCUUCUCCUUGCCCGGGAGCCGCGCUUCCAACCAGCCUCCCGGUGGCGGCGGUGGCGGGGCUGGUGGCGGCGGCGGCGGGGACUGUCCCGGUGGCAAAGGGAAGAGCAUCAACUGCUCAGAGUUAAAUAUGAGAGAGUCUGUUGUAAGAGUCUGUGAUGAGUCUUCAUGUAAAUAUGGAGGAGUCUGUAAAGAAGAUGGAGAUGGUUUGAAAUGUGCAUGCCAGUUUCAGUGCCAUACAAAUUACAUUCCUGUCUGUGGAUCAAACGGGGACACGUACCAAAAUGAAUGCUUUCUCAGAAGAGCUUCUUGUAAGCACCAGAAAGAGAUAACAGUGGUGGCUAGAGGACCGUGCUACUCAGAUAAUGGCUCUGGAUCUGGAGAAGGAGAGGAGGAAGGGUCAGGGGCAGAAGCUCACAGGAAACAUUCCAAGUGUGGACCUUGCAAAUACAAAGCGGAGUGUGAUGAGGAUGCAGAAAACGUUGGGUGUGUGUGUAACAUAGACUGUAGUGGGUACAGUUUUAAUCCUGUGUGUGCUUCUGAUGGGAGUUCCUAUAACAACCCCUGUUUCGUGCGAGAAGCAUCUUGUAUAAAGCAGGAGCAGAUUGAUAUAAGGCAUCUUGGCCACUGCACAGACACAGAUGAUAUGAGUUUGCUGGGAAAGAAAGAUGAUGGACUGCAAUAUUCACCAGAUGUAAAAGAUGCUAGCGAUCAAAGAGAAGAUGUUUAUGUUGGGAGUCACAUGCCUUGCCCUGAAAACCUCAAUGGUUACUGUAUCCAUGGGAAAUGUGAAUUCAUCUAUUCUACUCAGAAGGCUUCAUGUAGAUGCGAAUCUGGUUACACUGGACAAUAUUGUGAAAAGACAGACUUUAGCAUUCUCUAUGUAGUGCCAAGUAGGCAGAAGCUCACUCAUGUUCUUAUUGCAGCCAUCAUUGGAGCUGUACAGAUUGCCAUUAUAGUAGCGAUUGUCAUGUGCAUAACAAGAAAAUGCCCCAAGAACAAUAGAGGACGUCGACAGAAGCAGAACCUAGGCCAUUUUACUUCAGAUACAUCCUCCAGAAUGGUUUAAAUGGAUAACUUUUAUAUGCACACUGACCAUGUGAUGUACAUUUACGAUGUCUUUUUUUAAAGAAUGGAAACAUUUAUUUCAGAGGCCUUAUUUUUGGACAUUUUUAGUGUAGUACUGUUGGCUCGUAUUUAGAAUAUUUAGCUACAACAGUUUUGGACUGUUUAGUAGUCUUUGUUUUAUGUUUUUAAAUACAGAAAUUGGUUUCACAGAUUUGUACCACAUGGUAAUACUAAAACCUUGUUCUUUACCCACGGAAUGUAAUAUUUUUGCAAAGACGGACCCACUUCACAAAUGGUUCUAAAGUCAUACUUCUCUCCCAGUGACCAUUGCAAAUUGACCAAGCAUGAACUAAAGGUAAAGAUGUUUACAGAUUACUUUUCUUACAAAAAAAAAAUCUAGAAGACACUGUGUUUAAAUAGAUAUUUAAAUGUUUUUGAGAUUUAGUAUCUGAUUUUUUUAGACACUGCCUACUGCAUGAACUGUAAAGCUGUGUGUGUUAGAUGUAAAUUAUUUAUAAGAUGGACUGGAAUUUGAUUAUUCUUCUUUGAAAAAAAUAACUAAUAAUUUGAAAUAAAAUUACCUGGUACUAGUAAUAAGGGAAACAAAUCAUUGAAAAGUAGAUUUAGGUAUUGUCAAAAUAGACUGUUAACAGAUUGGGAUGAAGCCUACACUCUCAGUUAAACUACUUUAAUACACAUUCAUUUUUAAGCAGACUAUUUGUUUUAACAUAAAUUGUAUCAAGUGUUUGUGAAUAUAAUACAAAAAAUGAUUGUUAAUGAUUGGUGCUCUUCAAUUGAGCUUAAAAAAUGACCCAAGAUCUCUCUCAAAUUUGUCCUAUAGUAAUAGCUAGAUGAAUAGAUUGUUGUUGUUUAAAAGUCUGAAGUGUGAGUAGAAUGUAUUGAGCUGUUUAACGUGUAGUUUAGGUACUCAAAAGUAUGCAUGUAGAAUUCAAAGACUAUGUUCAAAAUUAAAUAUUAAUUUUCAUAUUUGGUUUGGAAAAGCAUGUUAUAAUAUAACAUUUUCUCUAUA